GUGUGUGUGUGCGUCUGGAGCUCCGAAAUUAAUUGUCGCCAAAGCUGCCUCGGCUGCUCUGAUCCCGGAGGCUGUUCGAGGCUGGGGAAGGUGGUGCUUUUGGGGGGAGCCUUCUCCCACCCAGCCCCCCAGCCCCCCUCUCCAGCAGCCCCCUCCUUGCCUUGGCUGGACUCGGGGGGGGGGGGGGUCCCAGGCACCAUGAAGUAGUUGCGAGGGAAAGAGAGGCAGAGGCACAGAGAGCAAAAGGCGCAGAGGUCCUUGCCUUUUUUUCCCCAUUCCUUUUCCCCCCAGCCACAUUUUUCCCUUUUCUUUGGAAACCUCCCCCCUCCAUCCUUUAUUAUUAGUAUUAUUAUUGAGAGGGGACAUUUUUUGAGUGUGUCCCCCCUUCUCCUCCCUCCCUCCCUCUCUCCUUUCCUCCCUUCCUUCCUUCUUUCCUUCCCUCCUUCCCUCCCCCUCCUGUUGCCUCUGCCUUGCUUGGCCGGCUCCUUCUUGUCUUUUCUGUCCCUCCUUCGUCAGCUCCGGUCUCCUUUUUGCUACAUGCCUCGCCAGGCUCCGGAGCUGGUGGUCCAAGCGCCCUUCUCCUCCUGCUGCUCCUCUUCUUCCUGCUGCUCCCACCGUUUCGUUGCCGUUGCUGCUCCUUCCAGGACGGAUCCAGCCCCGUCUUCCACCACCAUCACCACUAUCACCACCAGCAGCGAUUUCUCCUCCCGGCCGGGUCCCUUUCCCCCCGCUGCCUAGGAGGAGGCAAGGUGAUGUUGGACAUGGGCGAUCGGAAAGAAGUCAAGAUGCUGCCCAAGUCCUCCUUCAGCAUCAACAGCCUGGUGCCAGAAGCCGUCCAAAACGACAACAACAACAGCAACAGCAGCCACGGCCACCACCACCACCACAACAACCACCACCCGCACCACCAUCACCAUCACCACCACCACCAUCACCACCACCAACAGCAGCAGCAGCAGCAACCGCCCCAACCACCGCCACAGUCCCAGCGAGCGCCCCCGGCGGAGGAGGAGGACGAGGAAGAGAAGACCCAGCUCCUGCUCCAAGGCGUCGGGGUCGGGGUCGGAGUGGCUACCGCUGCCGGCUCUGGGGCGACCUCCACCGCCGGCCCCAUGGACGUGGCUGUCUCCAAAGGGGAGCUCUUGUCCGGCAAAGGGGAGCCGGAGCUGGAGGAGAAGGAGAAGGGGGCGUCGGAGGAGAAGAAGGGGGCGUCGGACGGGACCAAGGAAGGCGACGGUGGCGGAGGAGGUGGUGGAGGUGGAGGCAAGGAAGGCGAGAAAAAGAACGGAAAGUACGAGAAGCCACCCUUCUCCUACAACGCCCUGAUCAUGAUGGCCAUCCGCCAGAGCCCCGAGAAGCGCCUGACCCUGAACGGCAUCUACGAGUUCAUCAUGAAGAACUUCCCUUACUACCGGGAGAACAAGCAGGGCUGGCAGAACUCCAUCCGCCACAACCUCUCGCUCAACAAGUGCUUCGUCAAGGUGCCCCGCCACUACGACGACCCUGGCAAAGGUAACUACUGGAUGCUGGACCCGUCCAGCGACGACGUUUUCAUCGGGGGCACCACGGGCAAGCUCCGGCGCCGCUCCACCACCUCGCGGGCCAAGCUGGCCUUCAAGCGGGGCGCCCGCCUCACCUCCACGGGCCUGACCUUCAUGGACCGGGCGGGCUCCUUGUACUGGCCCAUGUCGCCCUUCCUCUCGCUCCACCACCCGAGGGCCAGCGGGGCCUUGAGCUACAACGGCGCGGCCUCGGCCUACCCGAGCCACCCGAUGCCCUACAGCUCGGUCCUGGCCCAGAACUCCCUGGGCAACAACCACUCCUUCUCGGCCUCCAACGGCCUGAGCGUGGAUAGACUCGUCAACGGGGAGAUCCCCUACGCCACCCACCACUUGACGGCCGCCGCCGCCUUGGCCGCCUCGGUGCCCUGCGGCCUCUCGGUGCCCUGCUCCGGCACCUACUCCCUCAACCCUUGCUCGGUCAACCUCCUGGCCGCCGGGCAGACCAGUUACUUUUUCCCCCACGUCCCGCACCCGUCCAUGGCCUCCCAGAGCAGCAGCGCCAUGGCCGGCCGGGCCGCCUCCUCCUCCACCUCGCCUCAGGCGGCGCCCUCGUCCUCCUCGGCGCUGCCCUGCGACUCCCUCAGACCAUCCUUGCCCAGCUUCGCCGCCGGACUCUCGGGGGGACUCUCUGAUUAUUUUACCCACCAGAACCAGGGCGCCUCCUCCAACCCGUUAAUACAUUAACCGCCCCCGGACCGAGGAGGUCCCGAGACUGUAAGUUUUACAACACACACACACAGACAGA